AUGACAGCGUCCGUCGACGACAAUGCCACCACCCGGGUGUGGUACAGCUCUCCGGCCACGAGGGACUCGAUGCUCGAACGCGCCCUUCCCAUUGGCAACGGUCGACUAGGCGCCCUCGUCAGCAACGAGCCAUGCCACGAGCUCCUCGUCAUCACAGACGCGACCCUCUGGGACGGCUGCGGGAAUGAGUUGUUAGGGGACGAUGGACAACACAGAUAUGAACCGUCCAGUUCGAGUUUUGGCACUCUCACACAGCUGGCACACGUCGCGAUCGAUCUCCCCUCCCACACCGACGUCACUGAUUACCACCGCGACCUGGAUCUGUCCCGGGGCGUUGUCUCAGCGCGGUACAACCAUGCUGGUAUAUUCUACGUCCGAGAGGUCUUUGCGAGUCACCCGGAUGAUCUCAUUGUGCUGCGACUCGGCGGGGAGGGAGCCUAUACGGGCACCAUCUCGUUGUCCGGCACUCAUGGCGAGACCACCUCCGCAGAGGACGGCACCAUCUUCUUUGCUGCAGCGUUCGGCAACAACCUCCGGUACUCGGCAGCUGUGACCGCCCACUGCAAGAGCGGGACCAUCACGUCCAGCGGAAGCCAGCUUGUUCUGUCGGACUGUGUUGAGGUUACUGUCAUCAUCGGCGGCUGCACAGACUAUUCGUCCGACGGCUCGGCGGGGUAUCGCGACACGAGUGUCGACCCGGUGAUCAAGGCGAGGCGUACGGUAACCACCGCAGGUCCAUUUGGUGAUCUUCUUGAGACUCACGUGGCCGAUUUCUCCUCCCAGUUCUCCGGGUUUCACCUUUCACUCGGCCGGUCGACAGAUGCGCAACGCGCGCUCGAGACAGCCAACCGUGUUGUGCGUCGCGGCGACACCGACGAGCCAGACCCAGAGUUAGAGGCACUAUACGUCCAGUUCGGACGCUACCUCCUCAUCAGCAGUUCUCGGAACGGCCUACCUCCCGGUCUCCAGGGCCCUUGGCUUGAUGGCAACAACCCAGCUUGGAUGGGCGACUACCACAACGACAUCAACAUCAACAUGAACUAUUGGAUCGCGGACCGAUGUGGCCUGUCGCGCAACUUUGCCCCGUUGACCGAAUACAUCCUAUCUCAGCUUCCAGCCUGGACUGCACAGACGCAGAAAUGCUUCAACCACCCAAAUAAUCGCUUCCGCAACUCGUCGGACAAGAUUGGAGGAUGGGCUGUCGCGUACUCGACAAACAUUUACGGAGGCCAAGGAUGGUGGUGGCACCCUUCCGGCAACGCUUGGCUGUGUCUCAACCUCUGGGAACACUGGGAGUACACGCAAGAUCUCGAGUAUCUGAGGCGCAUCUUCCCGGUAAUUCACGGCGCAUGCGAGUUUUGGGAGACGCGACUCAUCCCCUUCACCCUCGAUGACGGUACCGAGGUCCUCGUGGCUGACAAGGACUGGUCGGCUGAACAUGGACCCGAAGACGCCUAUGGCAUCACAUAUGCACAGGAGCUCGUCUACUCGCUCUUCACGCAGUUUUGCUCGGCUGCAACUAUUCUCGACCAAGAGACUAGCUAUGCAACCACCAUUGCAGGCCUACUACGCCGUCUCCACCUUCCAGGACUCACUCGUAGCGGUCGUCUUCAAGAAUGGAUGAGCGAUGCGGAUGACCUGGGCGAAAAGCUUCACCGCCACUUGUCUCCCCUCAUCGGUCUAUUCCCGGGCGAUCGCCUUACUCCAGAGGCUUCGCCAACAGACCUCAUCAGGGGUGCCACCCUUCUUCUGGAAGACCGUGGUAUGGAGAACUUUGGAUGGGCCUGCGCGUGGCGCGCUGUAUGCUGGGCCCGCCUCAAGAAUGCGGACAAGGCAUACCAGCUCAUCGGCACCAACCUGCGGCCCUCGGUCGGAGGCUCGACCGGGACGGCUCCCAACCUGUUUGAUAUGUACAACGGGUCAAAGGGCGACGGUGACGGUUUGUUCCAGAUCGACUCCAACUUUGGAACCGCUGCUGCGGUCAUUGAAAUGCUGCUGUAUUCGCGUCCUGGAGCCAUCGACCUGCUCCCGGCUGUGCCCACGGCGUGGCAGUCGGGACGCGCCACAGGCAUCGGCGCACGCGGUGGGUUCGUCGUCGACAUGUCGUGGCACAAGAGCAAGGUUAUAGAGGCGACAGUCCGUAGUGUAGGCGGGACUACCACCACCGUGACAUCCGGCGACAUUUCACAAGAUGUGAAGUUGGGCAGAGGCGAGUCAGUAACACUCCAAUUUUAG